AUGCGCAGCGACAUUCGCAGCAGUUUGGCACUUAUGCAAAGAGCAAGCAUCUUGCAGGCAUCUGUGGUGGCUGCAAAAACUGGUGACACCACGCAGCGGGAGUGGCGGCAGCAGUCCGUCCUUGGCGUCCUUGAUGCUGCUGGAGCCUCUCCCCGGUCCCCUGGUGGUGUCACGCACGAACUCAGCCGGGCACAGCUGUCUUCCCACGAGCAGCGUCAACUGCGCACGGGCAGCGGAGCGGGAGGUGGUGGCCACCCUUCAUCGUCGUCGCGGCAGUCGCGACAGCACAGCCCUCUCGACCCUUCCUCAGCAGCUGGCAGGGACACCCAGCACCACCACAGGAGCCAGGGUGACCUCAGCAGUCUGGGGUCGUCGACUUUCAGCGGUCUUGAACGUUGCGGGCCAUUGGUGCAGCCAGUUGCCCCAGCACAUGGGCUCGACUACCAGUCGGACAGCUCCAGUGAGUGGCACAGAAAGCAAGUCCUGCAGGCUGUAUAUGUGCUCGAGUGCUUCCUCGGUGUUGCUUUCAGCAGCGAAAAACCGCUGCGCAAGGGCAAAGCCUGCGGCUACGUCAGCAGCCCGCGGUAG